UAUUUGAUAUUGUGAUCUGUUGGCUUGUUACUACUGGUGAAAUAUACAAUUAAGUUAUGCCUUUUCCUUUCUUGGCAGUCUCCCUAAGUACUCUUUUAACAAAUGUCUGUAGGGAUGCCAUCGUUUAAGAGCAAGGAGAGCUGGUUCUAAUCUAUACCUUGAUGUACAUAUCGUGGUCAAUCCCUUUUCUAGUGUUAGUGCUGCACAUGGCAUUGGUGAAAACAUUCGUCAUCAAAUUCAUGAGUCCCACCCUGAAGUGACUGAAGUUUUCAUACACAUAGAUCCUGCAUAUAUAGAGUUCUCCCCCGACGUAAUGGACCAGAAAGAAAGUUUGAAGAGAAUCGAGGAACGGAAUAAUAAUAUUUCUGCCAGGGAGGAAAAUGUUGAAGCAAUUGUUUCUUGCAUAUUUUCAUCAAAGUUUCCAGAGAAAUUUAUGGUUGAACGCAUAACUCAUCACAUGUUACAAGGGAAGAUAUUACUGGAAGUUGAGGUUAGCAUGCCCCCGGAUAUCAGGAUUCGUGAUGCUAUGGAAGCGGGGAAGGAGGCAGAGAAGGAGAUACUGAAUGCAGCUUCAAACAUUGUUCAUGUCAAUGUUCAGCUAAGAUUGGGAAGUCCAAUUCCGCAGUUCAAGUAUACAUAGCAAAGUUUCAAUUGUUCAAAAAACCAGGACUCUCUUCCUGUGGUGUUUUCGGUACCAAUCGUAAUUAUACACAUUGUUUUCCAUACAUCUUUAGCAGGGAAAUUAAUAAGUAAUAUUUGAUUUACUAAAAAGCGCUUAUGUAACCCCUGCAUAAACCUCUUAUUGUAAGUAGUACGCAUAAACCUCUUAUUGUAUCAAGUAAUCCAGAUGUUUUUAUCUCAAUAAGAUGACUUACAUAAAGCUUGAAAAAAGUGGCUGUUUAAACUCAAUUGAGUCAACUUUCAACUGAUUAUUAUUAUAUACUUUUUUUAAAAAAAUUAAAAUCCAAGUUUUACAUUUGAAUUUUGUUCUCAAGUUCCUCUAUCCCCAACCUUAAAAAGCUGGUUUGCUAUCUAUUUAUUUUAUCUUUUUCUUUUUUUUGUUAGUAAUUUAAAGUUUCUCAUGUUUCUCAUUCAUUCUAUUUUUUUUCAUUUUACAAGCGUGUUCUAGUAGAAUUUUAUUCUCUUGUCACAAAGUCUUGUCUCGUAUAUAUAUUUAUGUAUGAAAUAUGUACAAAUCAACAUUUUUGAAAAAGGAAUACCUAU